GGUCAAACAGUCGUUAUCUCGCUGAAAACAGCACAGUGCAGUUCAAGAUUUAAAUAUAAACAACACGGGGCCAGAAUAGCCCUACUUCCUGUUUCGUGUGUAAAUACUAUAAACAUGACGAAAUCCAACCCAAUUUCCGUGUUUGGCUCAUGCACGCGGUAAUUUUGUACGAAAUGUUUGUUUGGGGAUGGCGCCACUGCGGGGGUGCGCUUCAGACUAGGUCGCGAAUUAUUGAUUCUUCGGCUCUCAGCUGCUCUUUGUGUUUAGAAGUUGAGGCAACAACACAACAGUGAACAGCUGAAAGCAUUGUUAGUCAUUACACGUCUCACCGAGGCUUGGAUCUGAACACUGGUCCUCUGGAAUAUGUGAUUGAUCAGAGGGAGGUGGUUGAAGACUUUACUGAAUGUUUUGUUGCAGUCGAUUAACGAGGCUCGGGGAGAGGAUGGUCAGCAUGAACUCGACCCUCGUAGAGACAGUCAGCAUCAAUUAUGAAGACUUCAACGAAAGCUUUCUCACUUGUGGCACAUGCUUGUAUGGCCUGUGGACCGGCAUGUAUGACGGCAACGAACACACUCCUAAGCUACUCCAAUGUUCUCACACAGUAUGCCUCCACUGUCUGACGAAGAUUGCAGCCUCUCAAACCAGAGACACCGGCUCCUUUAGAUGUCCAAUAUGCAGAGAAUUAAUAAACAUACCACGAGGGGGCGUCUCUGCGCUACCGCCUUCUUUCUUGGUGAAUCAACUACUAGACCUAAUGUCGAGACAGAGGAGAGAAGUCAUACCCAAAUGCUCGGUCCACAUCAACCAGGAACUACUAUUUUGCGAAACGUGCGAUACCGUAUUCUGCACUUUGUGUACCGAAGGAUCGCAUAAUGAUACGACGAACAGCUGCGAGCAUACUAUUAUUCCGUUUUCGAUUGCCAUCAAGAGGAUGUCGGAGAUUUUGUUGUAUAAGGCCAACGAGUGCAUUUCUAAGUUAACGCAAGCACAGGAGGGAGUUAGUUCAGAGUUGGAAAGACUUGAUGCCGCUAAAGAGAAUUGUUUAGAUCAAAUUAACGCAACAUUCCAACGGAUACAAGCUUACAUGGAUAAUAGGAAGAAAGAAAUCAUUGAUGCGUUGAAGACGACGUGUGCAGAGAAGAAAAGAGUGCUGGAAGAACAGCAUUCGUUGAUUGAAUGUGAGAAAAAUAAGGUCGAGCAAGAAUGUCAAGGCCUCCAGUAUCAAGUGGAAGUCCGCAACAUAACCCAACGCAUCGAAAGUUUAACCGAAAAACUUGAUGCAGCUUCAAAUUUAGGUGAACCCCGCGAAAAUGCCUUUCUUACUUGCGAUUUCACUCAAAACAACAGCCUAGAAACAAUCCAAGAACAAUUGAGCAUUUUGGGCAGAGUUCGUACAAGUACCACUUUCCCCAGUCUCUGCUCUGCAAAAAUCGAAGGAGACGCCAUCGCCGGAAUCGAAGGUACCGUCGUCUUGCACACUGUCGAUUACCACGGAAAUCAGCGUAAAACCGGCGGCGACCCGAUCGAAGCCGAACUGAUGCCGGUCACGCCCGAUCACAACACGACCGCCGUGCCGCUGGAAGUGGUGGACAACGACGACGGUACUUACAAGAUAAAAUUCCGAGCGCCCAAAUCUGGACGAUACGGCGUUAAGAUUUCCAUUUUCGAGCGACCAAUCAAAGACAGUCCGCUGUUUUUCGACGUGUCGGAGCAUAAUAAUCCCGUUAAGGUGUACGGUAGUCACGGGAGCGGCAAAGACGAGUUCAUACAGCCUGUCGCAGUGACGGUGGAUGAGAGCGAUAACAGCGUUUAUGUUCUAGACACGGGGAAUUCCAGGAUCAAGGUGUUGAACGAGGAGUUGGAAUUCGUUAAACAUAUCACCAAUGAGGGGUUGUUAGGGAGGAGUUGCACGGGAAUCACGUUGUCAAGUAAUGGUUUGAUUGUUGUUAAUUGGCGAAAUAAGACUAUUACGGAAAUGACAAGGGAUGGAGAGACUAUUAAAACGUUUACUUAUAAUGCGUUCCAGGAGCCGAUAGAUGUCGCCGUGGAUAAAAAUUACGGGCACAUUUUGGUGGCUGAUAAUGGGAUGAAUUGCGUGUUUGUUUUCGACGCAGAUGGAAAAAUAUUGUUUCAAGUGGGAAAGAAGGGAACUUUUUCGCAGAUUUCGUCGGUUACUGUGGGGCCGAACAGCGAGAUUGUGGUUGCGGAUUCCAAGAUACAAGUAUUUUCGGCGAAAGGAGAUUUUAUGGAAGUAAUCAGAGACGAAGGAAAAGGUAAAGGUCGGUACGGUGGUAUAGCCAUCGAUUAUGACGGCAAAAUCGUGGCCAGCCGUUCGGAGCAAAAGGGUAAAAAUUACGUUCACGUAUUGAGCCUGACUGAUACUAACGUCAAUAACCACAUCGACUCCCAUGACAACAAACUGAAAAGGCCCAGCGGUGUCGCAGUGACGUUGGGCAACCACGUCAUAGUGGUAGAUCUAGGGAACAAUUGUAUCAAAAAAUAUCGUUAUUGGUGAAUUUUGUACAUUGCUCUCUGUACUUUUGCUGCACUAUUUUUGCAGAUCUCAGUAAAUGCGAUUCUAAACACAUUUUUUAACUAUUUUCGUAUUGUUUUCGAUGUACCUGGAGCAGUACAGGUUAGUCAUUUGUUUAACGUAACUAACGUAAUUUUAAGCAAAAAUGUACUCAAACAUAAUAGUAAGAUCAAAAUUCGCUUGCGAGCAGCCUUUUAUUAUUACUUUUAAUAUUUUUUACAAAGCUUCAUGUGUGAAUUGAGUAAUGGAGCACUUUGAAAAUUUAUUGAUUGUUGAUGACUACCAAGACGGUUACAAAAUCGAUUUUUAGAUGUAUUUUUUACAAGUGAUAGAUCACUGUUGCAGUGUUGUUUGUGGACUUAAAAAUGUGCUUAUGUAUUAUUUAGACUUCAGAAUAGUUUCUUUUUGUACUUAAGAAAUCUUUUUUAAAGAUUUGUACGAAUCUUGCGGUAUGUUUGCAGUUUUCCUGUUCUCGGAAGUAUACUUUUGUUUUCUAGUCAUUCGUUGCGCAUGUUUUUAUACUAGUACAAUUGUUUUGUACACAAUAAAAUUCUUGAUAAUUA